AAGGUGAAGUGUUGUGUUUCCGCAGAGCCAACCGGUGCUCACAACAACCGAAACGAGCGGCGUGAAAUCCGCUGCUAGCAUUUGUGUCGACCUGCAGCUACAAAAAAAAAAAAAAAAACGGCACACCUGAUUGUAAGACUCCAUCAAGAACACAUUUGAAAUGGGAGAUCCUGCUCCUAAUAGAGACUGUCCCCUGGACUGCAAGGUUUACGUUGGAAAUUUAGGAAACAAUGGAAACAAGACAGAGUUAGAAAGAGCUUUUGGGUACUAUGGUCCUUUAAGAAGUGUUUGGGUUGCCAGGAAUCCCCCAGGCUUUGCUUUUGUAGAGUUUGAAGAUCCCAGAGAUGCAGCCGAUGCUGUGAGAGAACUGGAUGGAAGAAACAUGUGUGGCUGUCGAGUGCGUGUCGAGUUAUCCACCGGGGAAAAGCGCUCUAGGAGCCGUGGCCCUCCUCCGUCCUGGAAUAGACGCCCUCGCGAAGAUUUGAGCAGACGUAGUCCUCCAGGCAGACGCAAAUCACCGAAGAGGAGGAGCCUGAGCCGCAGUCGCAGCAGGUCUGUUUCAAGAGACAGACGCAGAUAUCGGUCUCUCUCCAGAGACAAGAAUCAUAAGCGCUCAAGAUCUUUCUCACGGUCCAGGAGUCAUUCCCCGUCUACUGAGAGGAAAUGAAGACCUUAAAUGAUGGUUCAUCUGCUGGAUCCUGCUAUGGUUGUGAAAAUACAAAUUUUUAUAGUAAGGUUUUGUUUUUAGAUUGUUUGCCAGCUCAAGACAGCCUAAGGUUGGCCACGUUACAUAUUGUGUAAUAGCAGUCUGGUGAAUUAACAACAAAGGACCUGAGUGUUUUUCUCCUUUUGUUGGUUCUCAUGGCAAGAUUUACCCAUUUUACUGAAAAGGUUUUUUUUCCUCUUUGAAUUUACGCUAUAAAGCAUUCACCAAUUCUUACCCUGCAUGUUUUAAAAUGGAAUACUGGAUUUAUUUUUACAGAACCAUCCUGCUUUUUUUAACCUUUGAAUUAAAGUUCAUGUCUUUGUUUGUUUUUCUUUGGGUUUUUUUUUUUUUUUUAAUUCUUGUUGACUCUUAACUUGCUGGCAAUGGCUUACUGUGAGCUGCACCACCAGGCAUACUUUACACCAGUGACAGAAAGCAGACUGGUAACAAAUGUUGUAAAUACUGGUGCUGUUAUUUGCAGGCUAUCCUUGAAGCCUAAAAUGUCAUCUGUAAUUCUGUACUUUACCUAUGUCACUUUUGCAAAGGAAGGCAUUUACUCUAUUCAACUUUGCUUGAUUCUCUGAGCUCUGACAGUUUGUGCUGAUGCAGUUAAACAACUUGUUCAAUAAAUGUUUUUCCAAGGUGA